CCCAGGGCGGGCACCGACGAAGCGGCGCCGCGGGCCCCGCGCGCCGGGAGACCCAGGCUGAGAUGCAGCUGCUCCUUCUCGUGUCCCUGCUGCUGGCUCCGGCACCUGGGUCCUCGGCUCCCAAGGUGAGGCGGCAGAAUGACCCCUGGGGCCCCUGGGGCAGCUGGAGCCCCUGCAGCCGGACCUGCGGAGGGGGCAUCAGCUUCCGGGAGCGCCCCUGCUACUCCCAGAGGAGAGAUGGAGGCUCCAGCUGCGUGGGCCCUGCCCGGAGCCACCGCUCUUGCCACACUGAGAGCUGUCCCGCCGGUGCCAGGGACUUCCGGGCUGAGCAAUGCUCCCAGUUCGAUGGCCAGGACUUCCAGGGAAAGCGUUACAAGUGGCUGCCCUACUACGGGGCCCCGAACAAGUGUGAGCUGAACUGCAUUCCCAAGGGGGAGAACUUCUACUACCAGCACCGGGAGGCCGUCGUGGACGGGACGCCCUGCGAGCCUGGCAAACGGGACGUGUGUGUGGAGGGCAGCUGCCGGGUCGUCGGCUGUGACCACAAUCUAGACUCAUCAAAGGAGGAGGACAAGUGUCUGCAGUGUGGGGGUGACGGCACUACCUGCUACCCCGUCACAGGCACCUUUGAUGCUAAUGACCUCAGCAGAGGCUACAACCAGAUCCUCAUCAUUCCCUCGGGGGCCACCAGUAUCCGCGUGGAGGAGGUGGCCGCCAGCAGGAACUUCCUGGCGGUGAAGAGUGUCCAUGGUGAAUACUACCUCAACGGGCACUGGACCAUCGGGGGCGCCUGGGCCCUGCCCGUGGCCAGCACCAUCCUGCAUUACGAGCGAGGGGCCGAGGGGGACCUGGCGCCCGAGCGGCUCCUCGCUCGCGGGCCCACCUCUGAGCCCCUGGUCAUCGAGCUCCUCAGCCAGGAGCCCAACCCGGGCGUGAGCUACGAGUACCACCUGCCCCUGGGCAGCCCCCGGCCUGGCUUCCACUGGAGCCACGGCUCCUGGAGUGACUGCAGCACUGAGUGCGGUGGAGGUCACCAGUCCCGCCCAGUGUUCUGCACCGCUGACAACGAGGUCUACCCCGACCACAUGUGCCAGCGCCAGCUGCGGCCGGCUGACCGCCGCCCCUGCAGCACUCACCCGUGUCCGCAAAACAAGCGCUGGAAGACGGGGCCCUGGUCACCCUGCUCGGCCUCCUGUGGCGGCGGCUCCCAGUCCCGCUCUGUCUACUGCGUCUUGUCCAGUGAGGCUGGCGUCCAGGAGGCUACUGAGGAGGCCGAGUGUGCAGGCCUGCCCGGGAAGCCCCCCUCCACGCGGCCUUGCAGCCUGCAGCGCUGUGCGUCCUGGAGGGCAGAGCCCUGGGGAGAGUGCUCUGUCAGCUGCGGGGCCGGGAUCCGGAAGCGGAGUGUCACUUGCCGGAGUGACGAGGGGUCUCUGCUCCAUGCUGCUGCAUGCUCCUUGGAGGACCGCCCCCCUGUCUCUGAGGCCUGUGUGCCUGAAGACUGUCCCGCCAUCAACGACCAGGCCUGGCAUGUGGGCGCCUGGGGUCUAUGCUCCAAGAGCUGUGGCUCGGGCACUCGGCGGCGCCAGGUCAUCUGUGCCAUCGGGUCCCCCAGCCGCUGCAGGAGCCUGCAGCCAUCCAAGCCCGCGGAGGUGGAGCCCUGCAACCCACAGCCCUGCCACCUCCCUCCAGGCGUCCCCAGCAUGCAGGACAUGCACAGCAGCCCCGGGGGUCGUUGGAUAUCUUUGGGGCCUCAGGCAGCCCCCAUUUCAGAUUCCAGAGACCAGUGGUGGGCCCCUCAGGAGCAACCCUCAGUCCAGGGGAACCCCAGAGGAGCCCAGGGCCUCCACCUGCCAGACCCAGCCCCAUCUCUGCGGCAGUCCCCACACGGGAAGCCCCUGCAGUCUGGCCUGGCGCCCCAGGACUGCAGACUCAGCCCCUACGGGUGCUGUCCUGACGGCCACACCGCAUCUCUUGGGCCGCAGUGGCAGGGCUGUCCUGGGGCCUCGUGUCAGGAGAGCAGGUAUGGAUGCUGCCCUGAUGGGGUGUCUGUGGCUGAGGGGCCCCAUCAAGCUGGCUGUGCAGGAUCUUACAGCAGUGAUAAGACUGGGAGAAGGCCGGUGUCAAGAGCAGUGGCUUCCUCAGCCCCCAAGACCCACCAGUCCCAGGCUCAACAGAAGGAGCCCAGUGAGUGCCGGGGCUCCCAGUUUGGCUGUUGCUUUGACAACGUGGCUUCUGCUGCUGGCCCUCUUGGGGAAGGCUGUGCCGGCCAGCCCAGCUAUGCGUACCCUGUGCGGUGCCUGCUGCCCAGCGCUCAUGGCUCCUGCACGGACUGGGCCGCCCGCUGGUACUUCAUCCCCUCCGUGGGCCAGUGUAACCGCUUCUGGUAUGGUGGGUGCCACGGCAAUGGCAAUAACUUUGCCUCUGAAGAGGAGUGUGUGAGCAGCUGCCGGGGACCUCAACAGGAGCCCCAGAGCCCCGAUCCCGGGGCCUCUGGCCAGACCACCCACGGAGACAGUGGUGGCAGCCAUCCUGGAGGCCAGCAAGAGGCCAGCUUGCAUAGGAUGAGGACCACAGUCCAGACGAAGCCCUUGCCUUCUGGUGGCCUCUGGUGGCGAGACCGAGAGCCUGGACUGGGAGAGGAGGGCCACACCCAGGCCUCUGGAGAGAGGCCCUGGGGCUGGGAGCUUGGGCCCAGUGCUACUGGACUGGGCGGAGAUGCUGGGAGGCCAGUGCCACCCUCACACAGCUCUUCCUACAGGAUCAGUUUGGCAGGCUCAGAGCUGGCCCUGGUGCAGGCGGCCCUGGGACACUUGGUGCGGCUCUUCUGCCAAGAUGACACCUCCCUGCAGCCCCAUGCCAGGUGGCAGAAGGACGGGCAGCCCAUCUCCUCUGACAGGCACAAGCUGCAGCCUGAUGGCUCCCUGGUCAUCAGUCCCCUGCGGGCGGAGGAUGCUGGCACCUACAGCUGUGGCAGCAGCAGGGCAGGCCAUGACUCUCAGAAGAUCCAGCUUCGUGUCACAGGGGGUGACGUGGCCGUGCUAUCUGAGGCUGAGCCAAGGCACUUCCCUCAGACCAGGGACCCAGCCCAGGGCCACAGUCCUCGGGACUCCAGCCUAGUGGGGAAUGCAGGGGACCUGGGGGCUGCCUCCUCCUUGCAGAUUCGGCCCAUGACCAGGCUGCUUCUGGACAGGAACCAGCCUAGGGUUGUGGAUGCCCACCCAGGUCAGCGGAUCCGGUUGACCUGUCGUGCUGAGGGCUUCCCACCGCCAGCCAUUGAGUGGCAAAGAGAUGGGCAGCCCCUCUCUUCCCCCAGACACCUGCUGCAGCCUGAUGGCUCUCUGGUCAUCAGCGACGUGGCUGUGGAAGAUGGUGGCUUCUAUGCCUGUGUUGCUUUCAACGGGCAGGACCGAGACCAGAGAUGGGUCCAGCUCAGAGUUCUGGGGGAGCUGGCCAUCACAGAGCUGCCCUCUACUAUGCUGGUGCCAGAGGGUGACACGGCCAGGCUGCUGUGCGUGGUGACAGGAGAAAGUGUAAACAUCAGGUGGUCCAGGAAUGGGCUGCCAGUGCGGGCUGACGGGCAUCGCGUCCACCAGUCCCCGGAUGGCACACUGCUGAUCCACAACUUGCAGCCCAGGGACGAGGGCUCCUACACAUGCAGCGCCUACCGCGGAAGCCAGGCAGUCAGCCGCAGCACCGAGGUGAAGGUGGGCCCGCCAGCACGGGCCACCCAGCCCAGGGACCUCAGCAGAGAGUGCAUCGAUCAGCCCGAGCUGGCCAACUGUGAUCUGAUCCUGCAGGCCCAGCUCUGUGGCAAUGAGUAUUACUCCAGCUUCUGCUGUGCCAGUUGCUCCCGCUCCCAGCUGCACGCUCAGCCUGUCUGGCAGCAGGGAUGAACACUAGCUCCAGCCCCAGCGCUAAAGCUCUCGGGCUGCGGUCUCUGGCUGGCAAAGGGAGCUCUCUUUUAGAGAAGGGCUCUUUCAGCUCCCGACCCCCUCCCCACCUGCCCCGCAGUGCUGUGCCUCAGCAACAGCCAGCACCUGCCUCGCUUCUACCACCACAGGCAGCGGUCAAGAGGAGUUUGGAUAAGGACAUCCUUUACUUUAUGGCUCCCCUCUCUAAUUUCUGUUAUACAGGAUCAAUUCAUUGGGUUCUAAAGCAAGCUACCAGGAUUCUCACUUCAUUUAAACCUGGUUGGGGAGAUGUGUAAUGGAUUCAAAGUUAACACCAACUCACAUGGGCACACUCUUACCGUGUCAGGCAAGUUUUCUUUCCUAGAACUCCCGUCUCCUUUAGGGUCAAAUAGUGGUCCAUUACUCUCAUCAACCUCACCCUUCCAGGUAGUGUAGCAACCAGCUUCAACUCGCAUCUGUACAUACAGUUAAUGGCAUGUUUGUGAAGGCUCUUGCCAAAGUGGAAUACGACAUGUAAAAGGCUCAGUACGGGGAUGUGGGAUGAAGGAGCAGCAGCUGUGUUAAAUGGGGCCAGGGGAGCUCCUUACUUUCAUCAGAAGCUGGCGCCUGAAGCCCUCCUCCUGAGGCUGACCUGCAGAGCCUGGUGGUGAGGACUGCCUCACACCUGCAUCAAGCUGACAGACCUGCUCUGUAAGGUGACCAACUGAGAGCCUCUCCUCUCCAAGCAGGAAUCUGGGAAGCAAAAUGCUUGCUGCCAGAUAAAAAUCAGACUAUUAAAAACAGACAUCAGCAGGAUAGGGGGCCAAUGGAGGGGAAGGCAAUGUAUUAACAAUGAAGAGGUUUCAAUUGGAAGCAAUCCUUCUCCAUCUCUCAGAACCUCAGGUUUCUUGCUGCUAAACAAGAGGCCUGAAUUCAAUGAGCUUCCAGGUCCCUUUCCACUUUAACAUUCUACACAUCCUCUAGUGGACUGGCUGGGCCUAGGCGACAGGCUAUUCUGGGACACAGGAAAGGCAGGCAUUAUAGGGAAAGCUGACUUUUGUUACCAACACAUUGUCUGGGGGGAGAGACACAAACUGCAUCACGGGUGGAUGAUACUUCUUGGUCUACCUCUCAUUCAACACAGGAAACAUGAGUUAGGGGCAGAGGUGUUUUUUUCUUUCCAUUUAAAAAAAUACAGAGGAGAAUCCCCUUUCA